AUGCUUGCUGUGAAGCCCCCGGUUCCCUUUGGCGUGGGGCGAGAGUGCCCCGGGCCGGGACAGUACCGUCUGCCUCCUACUGUCGGAUUUGUCAACCACGACUACACCAAGUUAACCAGCCCAGCGUAUUCCUUUCACAGGAGACUCAACAAUGGCAUGUACUUUAAAGACUCAAGCCCAGGUCCCUGCUAUUACGUGGACCCGCAACUCACUCGCUUUGGCAGGAGCGGAGGCCCGUCCUAUUCCAUGCUGGCGAGAGCAAAGACCCUGGCGCAGCCACAGACCCCUGGGCCAGGCAGGUACAGUCCAGAGAAAGCCCCACCUGUCACCCAGCGCAGGCCGCCGUCUUUCACCAUGGGAUCUCGUACCAAGUACCGGCGGGUGGAUCCCAUCCCUGCCCCGAACAGCUACACUCUCCCCUCGCUGCUGGGCUCCGGGGUCCCCAGCAAACCAUCCAGCCCUAGUGUCACCAUCUCAGGGCGGAACAAACAUGGUGGCUUUUCUGAGGACUUGUCCCAAACGCCCGGCCCCGGCCAUUACAACAGGACAGAUCCCAACACCUACUUGCACCGGGCACCUGCCUUCUCCAUUCGGGGGCGAUGCAGUGCGCCUGGGGCCGCCUUCCGGACACCGGGGCCUGGGACGCACAGCCCUGAAAAGGUGACCGCCCACAGGACAAGAGCCCCAGCCUACUCCCUGGGUGUCCGGCACUCCGAAUUUGUCACGCCUCUCAUUGUGGAUGUUUCCCAGUGGGGUAGCAGUUCUCUGGCGUCAGAUCACUGGCCUUGAUUUACCUUCCCUGCCUCGAUCUACUGGAUCUCCAGUGACUCAGACUGGAAGCUCUUCGCUUUGCCCCCAGCCCAUUCAUGCCACGCAGUCCUGGGACAGCUUCCAAAGCGGAUGCGCCAGCACUUGAGACAUUUGAAACUGGGCCAGUCCAAACCCUGUGGAGCUGUAGGGAACAACCCUGCACUGCUCUGCAGCGGGAGGAGUUUUCCUAGGGUUGCCAACCUUCCAGGAUUGGCCUGGAAUCUCCAGGAAUUUAAGAUUAAUCUUGAAUUAACGAUUAUGUCCUCAUGUGAUGAAAUCUCCAGGAAUACAACCAACCAAAUUUGGCAACCCUAAGUUUUCCGCCUCAGUGAUGCUUUGAUUCUCUAACAGCCUCCACGAACUGGGUUCUGAUCUUCCCACUUGGAGACCCAAAGUUUCUUUACUAAACAGGUCAACAAAGAAGGAUUUCAAAGACUGUGUUUGUAUGCAGUGUAGACCUGAC